AUGGAAGCUUUUUUAAAAGAACAACUCGAUUUAAAAGUAUUAAAAAGUGUUGAAACUCAAUCCGGGUGUAUUAGUGCCGGAAAAGUUUAUGAAACAGAUAAAGGAAAAAUAUUUGUUAAAGUUAAUACAGGGUCAGAAGCGGAUGUCAUGUUUCAGGGAGAAUAUGAAUCCCUUAAUAAGAUUUUUGAAACUAAGAUAAUAUCAGUUCCUAAACCCAUUCUGGUUGCUAUGGAUUAUUUGAAUUUUAACGGCCUUAACAAAUACUCUUCGCAAUUAGGUAAAUCAUUAGCUGAGUUGCAUUUACAUAAUAUAAAAGCUUUAAAAAAAAAAGAAAAAUCUGAAAACUUAGUCGGUUCUCAAUAUGAAGCAAUUGAAAAAUUUGGAUUUCACAUUCCAACAGCUUGUGGAUAUAUACUUCAAAAUAAUGAAUGGUCAAGUGAUUGGGUUAGUUUUUAUGCUACACAAAAACUCAAUCAUCAAAUCAAUCUUAUUUUAAGAAAAAAAGGAAGCAGAGAAAUCAAUGAAUUAUGGUCGCAAUUACAAUUGAAAAUUCCAUUAUUUUUUAAGAAUAUUGAAAUUGAGCCAUCAUUAUUACAUGGUGAUUUAUGGUGUGGAAAUGUAGGAGAAACAGAAUCGGAACCUGUAAUCUUUGAUCCUGCUUCAUUCUAUGGUCAUCACGAAUACGAUUUGGCAAUCGCUGUCAUGUUUGGAGGAUUCGAUAAAACCUUUUUCGAUUCAUAUCACAGCAUAAUAAAAAAGACUGAAGGUUUCAAUAAACGACAAGAAUUGUAUCUUCUUUUUCAUCACUUGAAUCAUUGGAACCAUUUUAACUCUCACAAAAACUCUAGUCUUCAAAUUAUGAGAAAUCUAAUAUCAACUUAA